AUGGGAAAAGAAUUUGAGGGAAAAAGAAAUGUUGAAUCUCCAGAGGUGAUUUUUCACGAUAUAACUUUUGAACAAAAUGAUGGAUUAACAGAAGAGGAACGUGAAAAUAUUGUAUUAUCUAAUAUAUAUCUUUCAACAUUUGUAAAUGAGAGACGAAUAGUGGAUAUUUAUCAAGAAGGCUAUAAAGAUGAUUACUUUCAAUAUUUGUGUUCCUUGGAAAAACAAUAUGUUCAAGAAAAAAUUAAACCUGAAAUGAGACCAAAUUUUGAGAAUAGAAUGCGAUAUUUAUGUAUUAGAUGGAUGUCACGAAUUGUUGCUAACCAAAUAUUGUUUUCACCAAUUAUAAAAGCUGAACAACAUGUGUUACUCAUCACAGAUUGUCGCCUGAUUAUUGUAACUCCUCUUCUAUUUGCAAAUGUCUUUAAUAAAAAAUUACAAGUGUCAUAUAUUUUCAUUUUUUUAACGCAUUAUUUAAUGGAAUUGAGCAUGAAUUACGUUGAAUAUUUGGAACAUAAGCCAAGUUUCCUUGCUGCGGCUUCAAUUGUCUUGGCUCGUUUAUGCAUUAUGCCUCAUGAAAAUCCAUGGCCGAAUCUACUCAAUUCAUUUGGUAAGCAUUCAUGA